GUUGGGUGGCAAUCCCGUGCAUAGUCGACUCCUCCAUCCUCAUCAUGGCGCUCAACCUCCCAAAGCCCGUACACUCGUACGCAGGAGAGGAUGACCUCAAAAACCUCAACGGCAAGGCCGCCGUCGAGGACGUCGAAGAUGAGGGCGAAUACCGCCCGCCCCGCAUGUCCGACAAGUACCUCAAGGGCAUCAUCUAUCCACCACCCGAAAUGAGGAAAAUCAUCGACAAGACGGCUAUGGCCGUCGCCAAGACGUCGAAGCCGCAGGUGCUCGAGGAUAAGAUUCGUGAGACGCAGACUACCGACCCGCGUUUCGCGUUCUUGAACGACGAGGACCCGUAUCACCAGUACUACCGCUGGAAGCUCGAGUAUUCGCGUGAAGAGCUUGAAGACCAGGCCAAGGGGCUCUCUACAGCCAACGGGACGCCCUCGGGCUCGACACCGGCGCCUGCUGCGGCGAAGCCCGUCCAUCCGGACCUGAUCGGAUAUGAGCCGAAGCAGUGGGAGUUCAUGGUUGAUAUGCCUGGCGUGACGGCACAGGACCUCGACAUUCUUCGGUUGACGGCGCUCUUUCACGCGCGCCGCGGGCGCUCCUUCCUGUCGGCUCUUUCAGUGCGGGAGGGUCGCAACUACCAAUUUGACUUCCUUCGUCCUACCCACUCGCUGUACGGUUACUACAACCGCAUGGUUGAGUCGUACCAGAAGAUCAUGCAACCCGCGCCGGGUCAGAUUGAGGAGAUUAUCCGCGUAGACGCCGACCCAGAAGCCAAGUGGAAGACGCUUGAGGAGGCGGGUAAGCGCGCACUGUGGGAGGAGGGCAAGCGCGCACGCGACGACGUCAAGGCCGCCGAGAAGCAGGAGGAGGAGGAGGCCAUGGCAGUCAUCGAUUGGCAGGACUUUGUGACCGUUGAGACCAUCGAGUUCACGCAGGCCGACAUGGAGCUUGACCUCCCUCCGCCAGCAAGCAACGACAAGCUCAAGGAGAUGAGCAUGGCGGAGCGCCGCAUGGCUGCGAUGAUCAUGGAGGAGCCCGCGGCGCAGGGUGCGGCCGAGGGUGAGGAGAUGGAGCUGGAGGAGGAUGAGGAGGACGAGGAGGCGCGCAUCGAGCGUGUCAAGGCCGAGCGCGAGCAGCAGCGGACGCGUGACGUCCAACGCGCGGCGCUGGAGAAGAAGGGUGUCAAAAUCAAGAAGGACUAUGUGCCAAAGGGCAUCCAACGCGGUGGCCCAGUGGCCCGCUCCACAUGCCCGUACUGUGGGCAGUCGAUUCCUGAGAACGAGUUGUCGGAACAUAUCCGCAUUGAGCUUCUCGACCCCCGAUGGAAGGACCAGAAACGCGAGCUCGAGGCGCGGCGGCAGCAGCAACAGCAACUGCAGGUGGGCGCGGACAUUUCAACGUCGCUGCGCAACCUUGCGGCAGCGCGAACCGACUUGUUCGGUGAUGAGGAGGAUGAGGAGACACGCAAGCUGCGUGAGGAAGAGGCGGCGCGCAAGCGCAAGGAGCGCGAGAAGAUUGUCUGGGACGGCCACACCGCAUCGGCAUCACGCGUGCAGGACACGUUCAAGGAGCGCUUCAGUGCCGAGGACCGGCGGCAGAAGGCACAGGAGGCAGCAGGAGUCGCUGACGGGCCCGUCAACACUGUUGGACCGCAAGUGGGUCCCGGGAUCAAGGGUGGCAAGGCCUCUGCACCAUUGUUGCCCAAGGCGCCAGCUACGGGCACGAGUGUGACGGGCGCUGCGCAGACGUACGCCACUGGGCCAGCCAUGAACCCAGCGCGCGCUGCGAUGAUCUCAGGCGUUGGCGCCACCCGCCCCGCGCCGGAUGCAGGCCUGCCUCCUCGCCCAUUCAAGCGCGCUCGAGUUGAGAAGCUCCCAGGUGGUCAGCUGUACAGCGAGAUCGACUGGAUGAGCUUGCACCCCGCCCCGAUUACGGUCGCGGUCCAGCUCCCCGCGAUGGGUGAUAAACCUGAGUGGCGGCUGGACGGGAGCGUUCUCGGUGUGCCCGGAGUGCCAGUGAACACCACCUUUGGAACGCUGCGCGAGCACAUUAAGCGCACACUCGAUGCCGACUUGCCGGUAUCACGCCUGCAGCUGACAUAUGGCGGUCGGGUCAUGAAUAAUUCGGCAUCGCUGGCGAGCGUCAAUUUGGGUGAGGGGGAUGUUGUCGUCAUGGCCGUUAAGAAGAAGUAGCUGCGCGGGGCCGGAGAAGGGUGAGGAGUCGUAGCAUGGCUUGUACGGCAUGUAUCAUUACGAAC